CCACGCGUUAUGUCCGUAUUCAAGAAGGGGAAACAGGCUAUGAAGUUAGGUCCUGGCAAAACGUGACAACCUCUUGUUGCGCAAACGUUUUUAAACUCGAGUGUAUGGAUGUACAAACUGAAUUCAAUCUUCAAUGCACAACUGUUUACAGUGCAUGCAUGCUUGUGCCAAUCUAAAAUAAUCGUCAAAAUAAUUCGGUUUAGUGAUACACUGUAAAUUCUCAACAGACGUAUGCAGUUCCACCCGGUGCGUGUCACUGCGGUGUCAUCGGGUCCACCUGCCCGCCUCCUUCCCUUUCACACAUGGGCUUUGAACUUGGCACUCGCACGAUGCCCGGAAUGUCUAAGUGUUUACCAUCCGCUCGCAGCCCCGCUUGUCAGAGAACAAGCAGUCACGGUGAGCCACGCCUAUUGUCCAUGUGCUCCAUCCUCCAGUCUCAACACCCCCCGCACCACACGCUCUGCGCUUUGCAUAAAAUGUGUAUCAGUAGGGCAGCGCUCUUCCCCUGCACAUGCAGAGCGCACAUGCAGCGUGGCUUUACUGAACACGCAGCACGGUCGAAUAAGCGCAUCAAACUCCUCUCAGCCCCAGAUCCCCACCAAUGAAAAUGCACAAAAGGAGAGAGAGCGCGCGCGCGAGAACGGACUCCGCGAGAUACAAAGAGUGAGCUAAAUCCCACACAAACAUACACAACACACGCCGGCGCGAGCGGAAAGGCGGUCACAUUUUCUACUCACCUGGAAACGUGAUUGAUGUGGGUGUUUGUAUCAGUGGGUGCGUGUGUCAUGCCUGACCCUCCCGGAUGUGCUGACUCUACUUUCUUGGAAUUCAUGAGUAUCGUUUAAUCUUGGCUUGUGCAACAUCACAUACGCUCCAGCUCGGGCGCAGUAUCCACAGCUCAGACGGCGUCCAGGUAUCUUCGUGGAGACGAGCGCGUCUAACGCACAUCUCUGUCAGAGAACGACUGAAGGGACGACGGGAAAACUUCACCUGCACCGGACGCAUUUUAAUCUCCGUUUCCACUUUUUGCGCUCCAUGGACCAGGCGUUUAUCGACUUUCUCACCUGACUUUUGCGCUCGUCUAAGGACAUUCGCUGAUAUUUACCCAAAGUUUUUUUAAAGUCUUCAACAUCAACCAGAAAAUAUGGAUAACAGCCCGGGUGGAGGAGGUGGCGUCAUCCUGUACGCAGGCUCCUCCGGCAGUGCCAGCCCCAGCCCCGGCAGCCCCUCCAGCGGGUACCAGACCCAGUCGCCCUCCUCCCACUCGCAGCCCUCGUCCCCGGAGGAGGUCACCUUCACGGAGAUCGGGGCGCUGAAGCAGCGGGCCGCCGCCUGCACCACCCCGUCCUCCAAACUGGUCUUCCAGUUCCCGGAGGUCUACACCGGGCCCCCGGCAGCAGCCGCGCCGCAGCACGCCUACGCGCACCCCAUCGCCGGGAAGAAGCCAUGCGGAUUUCCAGGAACCUUCACCAAGACGGGCGGCAUGGUCCUGCUCUGCAAAGUGUGCGGGGACAUCGCGUCCGGCUUCCAUUACGGCGUGCACGCGUGCGAGGGCUGCAAGGGCUUCUUCCGCCGCAGCAUCCAGCAGAACAUCAACUACAAGAUGUGCGUGAAGAACGAGAACUGCCUGAUCAUGCGCAUGAACCGCAACCGGUGCCAGCACUGCCGCUUCAAGAAGUGCCUCUCGGUCGGCAUGUCGAGAGAUGCUGUGCGCUUCGGCCGCAUCCCCAAGCGAGAGAAGCAGCGGCUCCUGGAUGAGAUGCAGAGCUACAUGAACAGUCUGAACGAGUCGGCAGCCUUGGACAUGGACCCGUCAUCGGCGAGGGACGCCCCCCCGAGCCCCGCAGACGUCGGCCCCAAAGAGGCCAUCGGGGCCAUCUCCAGAGCCUACCGCGACAUCUUCACCGGCGGCGGCGGCAGCGGCGGCGGCGGCCGGGAGCGAGCGGCCAAAAGGGCUCACGCCAGCAACAGUGACAAGCCCCACGCAUCCCCCUUCUCUCAGGACGCCAGCUUCCCCCAGGUCUCGUCUCACCCCACGUCUGCCCCGAGCUACAAGCCCUGCCCCGACGCCGCCCCAUGCCCGGCCGCCCAGGGCGACGACCCGCCCGCGUUCCAUAACGUGGACAACAGUCGCUACGCAUACUUAGCGCCAGCGAGCCGGGACCACCACCAGCCGAGUGCCACGGCAGCUCAGAGCGGCACCUGCUCCCAUUCCAACAGCUUCCGCGGUGCAGGAGCUGCCACGAAUCCCACCUCCUGCCCGUGGAAACUGGCUCCUGGAGCUAAAGUGCUGGCCUGUCCUCUCAACGCGUGCCCCGUAUCAGGAGCCGAGCGGACCAGCCAGGAGAUAUGGGAAUCCUUCUCCCAGUGCUUCACUCCGGCCGUCAAGGAGGUGGUAGAGUUUGCCAAGGGCAUCCCGGGAUUCCAGGAGCUCAGCCAGCAAGACCAGGUCAUGCUGCUGAAGUCGGGGACCUUCCAGGUUCUGAUGGUGAGGUUCUGCACCUUGUUCAACGCCGCGGAUCGAACGGUGACCUUCCUGAACGGCCAGACGUACCCCCUGUCCACGCUGAGGGUCCUGGGCAUGGGCUCGCUGCUGGACGCCAUGUUCGAGUUCAGCGAGCGGCUGGGCUCGCUGGGGCUGGAGCCGGAUGAGAUGGCGCUCUUCAUGGCCGUGGUGCUGGUGUCUGCAGACCGCUCCGGCAUCGCCGACAUGCGAGCUGUGGAGCAGCUCCAGGAGGGCCUGAUCCGAGCCCUGCGCUCGCUGAUCACCCGGCGCCGCCCGGACGACAGCGCCCUCUUCCCCAAGCUCCUCCUGCGUCUGCCCGACCUGCGCACCCUCAACAACAUGCACUCCGACAAACUGUUGGCCUUUCGCAUUGACCCAUGAGCAAGGCACUGGCUCACAAAGAACAGUUCAACAGAAGAAGCACAUCACACAUACACGUUACCUUCCACUGAAACGUGCAAUUUGAGAAAUAUAUUUCAUGAGGAUGAAUGAAGGCAGUAGUGGACAUGUGUCGAAUUCACUACUGAUUUUUUGGAACAAAUGUACAGUAUAUAUACAUACACACUCAAUGAUACACAUACUCCUUAACACCUCUUCAUAGACAUUAUUCAAGUAAAAAAAAAUAAAUCAAUGUGUAGAGCUUCUAUUACCCUUCUGGACAAACCAUUAGUUCAUUUGCUCAUUAUAUCCACUAUACUUAAGAAUAAAAGCCAGUUCACUUGUGUUUAAUUCUUAAUUCAUAAAGUAUUAGCAGGCCAUCACUACGCAUUGGCUUAAGGACGGACAUAGUAGAUCCAAGAAGACUAUUACGUAGGGACCAUAACUAAAGCCAGUUUGAGUUUCACAGAAAGGGAACCUGUAUAUAUUGCAUGAUGAAACCUGAAGUAUUACGGCAAAAGUGCAUCACUGUUUCAAAAACACACCAUUCGCAUCAGUACUGAAGGAGACCACCACGAGUCGGCUGCACACGAGUUCUGUCUCUUACUGUUUUUGACAAUUCUUCCAGAAAACAUUUGGCAGUUUUUAAAUAUGCCAACUUCUUCAUCAAUGGCAUUUUUCUAACAGUUCCACCAAAAUGUGUCUGUGUAUAUCACAUGUUGGGUUUUGUAGUUUCUUUGUUUAUUUGUUGGUGUAAAUAUGACAUUACCCCAAUGUCUGUGUAUUAUAAUGAUAUAUUGGUGCAGACAGAUGUUUUUUUGGUAUAAAAGGAGACUAUUUUGAGUUUUCUGUACAAGCUGGGGCUUUGGCUGUGCAAAGGUGGCUUUGCACAAAAGAGAAUGGUUGUAGGGGUUCUCAGACAGCUUAAACACUUCCUGCUAUCAGAUGAUGUAACCAACCAGCGUAAUCCCUGAGAUCACCAGCACUCACCCUACACACCCAUCCUUUGCCCGCCAAUGUUUGUCAUACAAACACAAGAGAUAUUUUUGGGUGAGAGGUCUUGUUUGAUUGGUCCUCUCACCGUUAGCUUGUUUGAUUAUGGAUGAUUGAGCACAUCUUGUACAUUUUGUAAAUCUUUAUUCCUAAAUAGAAAUGACAUAAAGAUAUAAAGAUUAUGUAUGAUUCA